UCGGCCACCGUACCAGGCCGUGCGGGUUUCUCGCGAUAGUCUUCUGUGGCGAGAAAGGAGGCGAAGCUAUAAUGGUAACGUUUUAUUAGCUUUGUGUACUGACAGUUUAGCACCCAGUUAGCCACAAGAGGAAGUAUAUAACUGUUGUCAUGGAAAUGUUUCCUGAGAGGCUGGGACUGGGAGACCUCCUGUAGUCAUCUUCUUCAAGGUGCGUUUGAAGAUGUAGCCAAGCGUGGACUGGGUCAUCACUCUCUCUCUCUCACCUUGACAUCUAUGUUCAUGCAUAAUCAGCACGUCCUCAUCCACUAAAAACUACCUUCCAAACUUUGGAGGAGUUUCCUCUCCAAUCAGGGCUGCCUAGUGUGUCCCUCGACCAUCCUCAGUCAAUCCUGUCCUGAUUGAAGCCAUGCUGUUCUCUCUGAGGGAACUGGUCCAGUGGCUGGGCUUUGCCACCUUUGAACUGUUUCUCCACUUGUUAGCGUUGCUGGUUUUCAGUAUGCUGGUUGCUCUAAAAGCUGACAUGUCCACAUCCACACUGAGCUGGUGGAUGGUCUUCAUCCCCCUGUUUGCAGCUGAUGGACUCAGCACCUACUUCACAACCAUUGUAUCGAUCCGUCUUUACCAGGAGAAUGAGAAGCGACUGGCAGUGCUGCGACUCCUUUGGGUACUUACGGUGCUCAGCCUGAAGUUGGUGUGUGAGGUGCUGUUGUGCCAGAAGUUGGCAGAACAGGAACAAGCCAGGGACCUUUGGUUUGGCCUUAUUGUCUCACCGCUGUUCAUUCUGCUGCAGCUGCUAAUGAUACGAGCAUGCCGUGUUAACUGAGUGGCAGUUAGUGGUUGUUCUUUUUGCAUCACCAAUGGUACAGGAGCAAAGAGCCAUCUUCAUCAGCUGUUAGUGAAAGAUUUUUUUUUUCAGGGGCUCAAUGUCACCUUUUUACAAAAAACAUAAUUACAUUCCAGGUCACAUUAGAAUUGAGAAAUCAGGAACAGAUGAUCUGUAUUGUGUUCAUUAAUGGUGAAAAUAGGUGAAGCGAACACUUUGAAACGGUCCGUUUUUCCCCAGCAGUAAGUCAGCUCCCUCAAUUAAGUCUCGCCACAGAAUGAAAUAGAAUUUUUUUUUUUUUUUUUUUUUACCAAGAGUCGUUUGUGUGCACACAUCCUUUCUUGCAGAUUCAUUUGUAAAAUAUGUAAUGUAAUGCCUUAUGUAUGUGCUGCAUGUAUUAAGUCCUCAUUUUAAGGUAAUUACUGUGGUGAAAUUAUAAAUAUAUUGACUUUUAGAAUGAAGUCCAUUUCAUCUUAUGUAUUUGUUAUAGCACGCUUAUCGCCGUCUUUAUAUACAUGUAAAUAAACCAUCAACAUUUAUCCAA